AUGCAGCGGACACCGACUUGCCCAAAUUGCUGCAAAAGUUACGGCUUCAAAGGUAGGAAACUGCUGAUAGGUUUAAAAACUAUUUUGUGCAUGCAGAUUCGGUGUCACGCAUAGCAUUGUACGCGGUCAAUGAACCGAUGAACUUUCUCUUGAGAUCAGCUGUGUUUAUGAAAACGUCGAUUAAUCCGUAGAUCGUUCUACUGCUUCCAUAAUAAAUUAAUGGCGUUGUUGUGGCUUUUACAGAUGAAUAUUCUAGCAUCAGUUUCAGACCCACACGCAUUGGGUCCAACUACACCAUUAGUGUUAUGCGCCAUGGUCCCCGGGUGCAAAGUGAAUGGUAAACUCCCCCUCCCCCUUAUGUCCCACACACGUGUUACUCCUUUUUUUAAAACUGUCUACUUGCUAUCACCUAGCGUAACAAGGGAUGACAAGUAGUAUGAUGAUAGCUGUGAAAGAACAUGUUGAUUUUGGAGCAGCUAUUGCAACACCUGCAAACCCUUGAUGGAGAAGGAAAAUGAAGACUAUUAUGUGAUUCCAGAAAAUACCCAUCCCCCUCCCCCCCCCCAUGGAUAGGAAAUGGAAAUUCCUAGGGGUUGGGGGGGACUAAAGGGUAGAAAUUUCUGAAGGGUAUGGGGGGUGCCCACGAGACGUAUUUUCCACAGGGUUUUAAAAGAUGCGGUCGAUCGCACGAGACAUACUUAAUAUGAGGAUUAUUUUGAUUUGUAGCACAACAAAAAUUAGAAAUAGGUGCCCUUUCAAGAAAAAACUUAAAGAUGUUUGUCUCAAAAGUCUUCCUCUUCUUUGCUGGGAGUUCGCUAUCAUCUCUCCGACGAUGAACAGUCACUUCAUUUUAGCGUGCACUGUGUAUGCACAAGAAAAAUCAAGAUGGCUGACCGUAGCAAUUAAUACCCAGACCCCCAGGUUCUCGUGCCUACCGGAAGAAAACAUGAUUCUACAGCAGAAGUUCAUUCAUUCAUUCUUUAUUUCCCAGACAACUUUAAAGGUGCAAAAUUAAAGAGCAAGCAAGGACUAGUGAAAGAUUAAGUUUAUUUAUGACCUUCUUUGGGAAAACGUACACUAACAAUAAUCUGUUAGCCAUUAGAAAACUAACGGAUAGCUAACAGCUUUUCUAACUCUCUAACGGUUUGUCCAAGCGCUCUAACGAUUUGCUCUAAAGGUUUGGUCUAAUGUUCUAACCAUCUAACGGUUGAUGCUAAACAGCUAAUGGUCGGUCCCUCCAUUGUUUGACUUUGACGAAGUCUUUGAAUAAGUAUCGUCCUUUGGGCAAAUCAAUCGCAAUUCUCGGUGCGAUUCUCAACAGUUCCCUUGCUUUUCUGGGGAUAAAAUUUAGCACAUCGAUUAAUAAUGAUUUCUUUAUGUUGAACAUGUAUCUAGAUUGCAGACUCGGUUGCAGAUUAGUCUGGUAUAAACCUAGGCUAAUCGAGAACAAACAAUAUAUUUCAAUAUAUUUCUUGAGCUUCUUGUAAACAACUUUACGCAAAUUUCUGUUGACAUUCAGUGAACUCAUCACUACAAAGUGUUGUGUGACGACCCAAAUGAGAGCUUUGCUGUAUUUUAUUAUUGACUUCUAAUAAAGUACCGUUGAAGGCAAGCUGUUUGUCAAACAUACCUCUCACCAAAUCAACUUUUGGCCAAAAAUAUUAACGAUCUUUUCUUCUUUGUGGAGGAGACUUUCGAUCAUGUGCUAGGCAAUGAAAUAGAUCAUGUUUCACCGAUGUUCAUUUCUGAAUAUGAAUCAAUGCAAAUAUGGAACGCAAAGUGAACGUUUGCAUAUUUUGUUCUUUCAUACCCACCCACACGCAUGUUGGUAUUUUAUUUUCAAUUUUUUUAUUAACUCUGGCGGGUCUUGAAAAAAAUGGCAUUGUUUUCUUUUCCUUUGUUCUUUGUUUUAGGCGUGUAAUUUUUUGUAUUCUUAUUUUUUCGUUUGCUGGUUAGAUUUUUUGCAUCAAGGCAAUGCAUCAAGUACUCGUGUUUCUUGACUGCUGUGGCCAGGUUUGACAAAUAAAUUUAGGUAAAUAAACACAGGAAGUCGUGAUGGCGGAAAUUGUGUGAAAUUUUGUAUUUUAAAAAGCGUACCACAUUCAACUUUAGCACAUGCGCCAGGUACUGCCUUUUGAUUGGUUAACAACUGACCACUUGGUCUCAGGGGAAUCUACGUUACAUCAGGUUGCUGGUUACGAAUUAUGGGUAACCCUUUUAAGCUUGAUCGAGAAUUUUUCUGCCUUUUUGCAACCCAGUCAUUCGCGGCUCUAUUCUGCUGCUGCCUCGCCAUCUGAGUGUCUUUACUUGGAUGGCUCAUUGGCAAUAAGUUACCAGGACAAUUUUUACUCUCUGAAGUUCCUCGGUCACAGAGAGAAAAGUCACCAUUCUCACAUUAUUCACCAGGCUAACCAUCAAACUCAGAAAACCAUGAACACCUGAAGUGAAAUAUUUCAGGAAUAUCUGUUGUGUUGUGAUGAAUCAACAAAGAUCAGGAUGUGCAAGCAAGCUACAAAACCACAAACUAUUUAAUGAUGAAAGUUUAAGUGUGAACUAAGCUCUAUUUUUUACAUGGGUCUAGGCGCACAUGCAAAAUGGCAUUUAAGUAUUUAGAAUUUUUACAAAAUUUAUGCAGUUUAUUACAGGUUCUUAAUCCCUGAUUACAGGGUUCAAAAUAAAAUCACAGCUUUUAGUCUGAAUCUCUGGGCGUUUUUGUCAAGGUGUAUUUUUUCCCGGCUGUCUAUAAUGAAUAAGUUUGCGUUAUAUGUGUUCAGCAAUGGCUGAUGAUUUCAAAUUCUUGUAACCCAUAAUGAACACAUUUGUUCCUGGUAAUUUUGCCGCUUACUGUGUAAAAGAAUAAAAUUAGUCGUUCGCAAUGAACAAGAAUCCUCCCUUUCAACUUUUCUAGCACACUUUAAAUUUCCAAACCUUUUUCUAAUCUUUCUACUCAUUUUAAAACGUGGUCAAAAAGUUGUUAAAACAUUUCUUUGCUGCUUUAAUGCCUGAUAUGCAAUGUUUACUGCAACAUUUCGGCAACUUUGAUUUCAGUGGGCCAUUCAAAGCAUGACAUUUUCUAUUUCUUCAGUGAAAAGUCACCGGCAAAUGUGGUGAAAGUGCAGGCUACCGCGGGCAGCCAGCUUCUAUGCGCUGUAUUUUGAACCCUGGAUUACUUCUUGUAUUGUCUUGUAAUGUGCAAAAGAAUCACUGGUUUAUUUUUCUCUCUACCAGUGGUUCUUUGUUCCAAUAAAAGUGUUUAGAACUUGAAGAGGUUGCCAGCCUUAGAGUUUUCAACUGUAAAGACCACCAUUUGAACAUAAACAUUUUUUGUUUGCUCUUAAGAUGUUUCCAAGCCAAUUGGUAAUCGCAUCCCCUUAUUGUUGGAGUGUGGCCACACCUUUUGUGAGGGUUGCAUCACAAAGUUGGCAAGGGUACAGAAAACACAGGUGUCAUGCCCUGAAUGCACUUACAACACCCCCCUGAAAACGGAGGGAGAAAAGGGGGUGAAGGGUAUUCCAGCCAACAUCCACUUGUUAGGAGUGAUAACCAAUACCAAGAGGGCAUCAUUUCGAAGGUGAGCAUGUGUAACUCUCAUAUUAGAGCGAUUUUUGUAUGACCUUGAAAAAUGGUUUCGGUAAUUGUUUGUUAUUUGUUUUAUCAGCCAAUGGAGGAAUAGAUCAAAACAUGGACUCUUGGUUUUCUAGCCAAAGAAAACCGUAAUGUGGAGAAAGCACAAGUUCGAUUAGACAAUCAUGUUGCAGAAUAAUGUCAAAGCAAAGUAUCGAUUCAUUUCUUGAAAGUUCUUUGGGGAUGAAGUUUUUUCAGCGAAGCGUUUGCUCUAUUUGUAUCCAUUUGACAAUCAAAGCACUCUAUUUCCGUUCAUUUGUUGUUUCUGUUUUGUUUGCGCCUUUUCAUUUCAAGAUCAUACGAAAAUCGCUCUAUUAGGGCUACUGGAGAAGGUUUUUGAACUUUUAGUCACUAUGACCAAACACGUACUGAAUCUGUUUAACAAGGAUUUCGUUAUGUUGUGAAUCACCCUCUUCUUUGCCACCCCAGCCAAACUGCUACACCUACUGGUUCCUAGUGAAUAUGACUCAAGGAAACCCUUCACCAAUACCAAGAGCUCCUUUUAUGCAAAAUCAGACUGAUUCUAUGUGCUGAGGUGAUAUCUUUCAUAUCCUGUAUGUGUUAAGUGAAAACUCAGAAUGGCUUUUGCAUUUUUCUACAUCAGGUUACUCUCAGUCUGACAUAAUUGACAUGCCUGCCUUGAUGAAGAUCCACCUCAAGAGUUAUUAAAACCCUGGUUGAACAACUGAAAAUAUCCACUCUUUCUCAGUCAUCACAAGUGCUUCACUUUCAAAAUUCUUCUCCAGUUACAUGUACAUACGGUGUAGAGCCUUACUAUAAUUGUAAAUGCAGUACAAUGUUCAAAAGAUAGCUUUGUGUUGGUUUAUUUUUUAAAUACUUAUGGUCUAUGGAGUUUAAUAAAAUUUGAAUUUUGCACUUUUAGCAAGAGUGGCUAACUUCCUCGGAUAAUUUCUGCUGGUAUUCACUGUUUGUUUCUUUUCUUACAAUCUGAUUGGUUGGCUUUGUUUUUUUAAGUAGCCCAGGUUAUAAUGUUUGUGAAAAUACCAACAGCCACACGUAAGGAAUCACAAAUUUUUGUAUUAGCUGUUGAUCUUUGAUCCAGUACAUAUUUUCUUAUUUUUUUGUUUCUGUACAAACUUCUUAAGUUUGCCCCCCCCUGCUUUUUAAGGGUCUGGAUGAGUGGAUCCCUUACUUGCUUCAGGGGCUAAACCUUCCAUUGUCCUUGGUUCUUUGAAAUUCCCUGACAAUGGAGUUUUCUCAAUUUACAGUGAUGUUCAGAGGACAGGGCGUUCAAAGCUGGGAACUAAAGCAGGUCUGCAGAGAGCUAUUAAUCAGUUUGCGCAGGAGAAGAAGGCUGAAACAGCAAAGAAUGAUACUGGUAAGUAUUUCCAGUAUGAAUUAUUGUUAAAUUUUUGUUGGUAGAUGCUGUAUAGCUGUAGGUAAGCAUGUUACAAACCCAGGGCACUUAGCGUAAACCCUCUGCUGAUCCCCCCAUCCCCCAGGAGAGUUAUUUAUUUCAAACAUGUUUCAGGGGGAGGUGGUACUUCCAGCAUGUGAAUAAACCAUAUUGGAUCAGUCCAUGAAGUUUAUCAGUUAUGAUUAAUUAAUAUGAAAGAGUUGGGGGGUGGGGGGACUUUAUUAAUGGCUUUCUUUCCCACAGGGUUAUUAGAGAGGGUGGGGGAGGGGGGAGGAGGGAGGGAGCCUAAUGUUGUAUACUUGUUCAGCCAUAUCAAACUUGCUUGUAGCUUUAGUAAUAAAGGCAUCCUAAAAUCUUCCAUAUUCAAAGAGCUAGUCAAGAUCUCACAUCACGCAUUGCAUUGCAUGUACAGUGCACAUUGUACCUUUUAAAAACAUUAUUAAGUUUGACAAACAUGUACAAUCUAGAUGAACCACAAUGUGAGCUUUGAGCCUGUUUAAUUUAUUGGUUAUUAAGAUAGACUUAAUAUUGUUAAUAACAAGUUUUACCACUUCAAAAGCUUCUUCAGUCUUCAUUUCAAUAACUGAAAGUGACCGUAGGUAAGCCUUGCUCAUUGCAUUUAAAUUCUUUAGCCUUUGGGUGAUCCCUUUCAUACAAUCUUCUUGCAAUAGAAUAUUUUGAUCAUCUGUUUUUUUCUUCUUAAAGAAGGUCUUCUGUAGGUGAAGUCUGUUAACAAUUUUUUUUCCCGUUUGUUUUUCUGCAACAUUCCUUGCAUUCUUCCCUCUUCUCAUAGCACUGGCUGCAGUAUUUUCCGGGACACAGGACUUGUAUGCAUAAGUCUGAAUCGUGCUCACAAUUACCUAUACACUGAAUUAAGUUUUGUUGAGCAGGUGUAGUGGAACAAAUCAUCACAAGGCAAACCAAUAACACCACUGCAGUUUGCAUCUAAAGGAAAUUGAAUAACAUGUACACAAACUGUCAGCAAAGAAUAAAUUAAAAACUCACAUACCAUAAUUCCUUGAAUAGUACACGUAGCUUAAGGCAAUUAAUUAUUUUUUUUUGCACCAAAAUGGGCGAUUAAUUAAGGGAGGCAGAGGCAAUUAUUUCAAAUGUUGCUCACUGGAGGUUAUUGGCAAUUAUUCACGGGAGGUGAUUAUUUUAAAUAUUUCCGUCAAAGGGAACGAUUAUUCAGUGGAGGCGAUUAGUUGAGGGACGGCGAUUAUUUGAGGAAGUAAGGUAUGUUACAGGUCAAAAUAUUAAGGUUAUGAUUUUUUAACCCAGGUUGAUUCUCAAUUUCGUUUGUCUCCUAGCCCUAAUUCAUGAAUAAUUAGGGCUAGGAGUACAAAGGAAAUCGAUAAUGAACCUACAUGAAGGUUGAAAAAUUUUAACCUGAAUUUAAUUUUGACCUGUGUAACAUUUACAGCUGUAUGACACCCUUCAGAGAACUCUGUGUAGUAAAUGGAGAACUUUCCAAUCUCUGAUGCCUUAUGAGCACCCUGUUUUAGGCAUCAACAGGAACGCUCGUACAGCAGCAUUCACACUCGCUUGCUUGGGGAUAAGAUCGAGAAAUGAGGAGGCAAUUAGUUCUACACGAAACAGGAUUUACUUGCUAAAGGUUUUUUACUUCCUACUUUAUCAACGUCGAGUAUUCUUCAGGAUAUUUGCUUUUUAUUUGUUUCUGUAUUGAUUUAGUACGUGUGUUAGCGAUGACUGGAAAUACGUCUGCGUUCGCUUGCUUUCAUUUGUAUAAAUACAUGAAAAUUCAAGGGCCUGGAUUUCAGAGAAUACAUUGAACAUCAUUGCCAGAGAUCAAAGAGUGAUUUACAUGGCAUGUCAUUUCAAUCAGAUCAAAAGAGUGAUUUACAUGGCAUGUCAUUUCAGUCAGAUCAAAAGAGCGAUUUACAUGGCAUGUCAUUUCAAUCAUUGCCGAAAAUAAACUGCAUGCUCAUCACAAAAGCCAUUUGCAUACAAUGAAAGUUUACAUCACCCGACCAUCGCAGUUUUGUUAAUUAAGAUUCUAAUUUUUUUGACCACUCAGUAGUGUUCACGUGUUCCAGAGUAAUCAACCCUUUCAAGCGACUGAAUUUGUGGACCGAUACUUUUUGGAAAAGUCCUAAAUUUAAUUUUUCCUAAGCUUUGCACAGAUGCUGGCCACAGGAGUGAAAAUGCUCUAUUCCUACAGUUAGAUGCUGUAAUACAUGCAUAUAUAUAUUUUUUUACGUUGUAGGUUUAUCUCCAGGUAGAUCUUUGUUUCACUUACAAUUUCAACAACUGUAAUAACAGGUUUUUUUUAUCUCUUUGUCAAGGAGAUUUUAGAAUAGUUCUAGUUUUUUGGCUGAACGCAAGUGAAAUUUAUAGUACACAUCCAGUUAGUUCGGUGUUACAAUGUUACUCAUUUCUGCAAAAAAAGUUCCUGAAACUUGUACUAUAAUUAUCAGGGGUAUAGCAUGAGAUUUUGAAGGUGUAUGCACAGAAAGAAAAGUUAGAGUGCCAAAGGAACUCUAAUUAGCCGAGUCUAUCUGGGAGAGGAGUCCCCAUGCCAUUUCCUAUGUUUUCCACAGGACAAUUUUAGCAAAUAAGUAUGAAAGGAAAAUGCAGUAGUUAGUUGUUUAUUUUACCCAUCCCUUGUGCUAUCAGUGUUCAUGGAAAAAAAGGGUAAAAGAGUCAAGCCAUCAAGACAGAGGUUACAAGCGAAGGGCGAGAUUUCUACCCUUCAGGCAGGCAAAGACAUCAAGGCAGAGGUUAUAUUUAACGCUAAACAUGCUUUCAGGAGAGAAAAUUUUUUUUCUAGAUUUCAGCUGUACGCAUGGGCAUACAACUAUGUGUGCGUACAUGGAUGCUACGCUCCUGUAUUUAUGUAGGUUAAUGUUUGUUUACAAGUAAAGCCUCCCUGAAAAUGGAUUACUCAUAGAACAAAACAAAACUACUUGCCUUGGACAUUCAGAUGAAAAAAUCUUUCCUUAUCUGUGGAUUCUACCAAGAUUGAAGAAGGAAUGAAUAAGCUGUACUAAACUGAGUUGUAUUUUAAUAGAGUAAACAUAUCAUCUUACAGGUGCACCUGUUUUGUUUGCUUUUUUCCUGUUGUGUGGGUAACAAACACUGUCAUAAAAGCUUUUUACAUGUAAAAGGAAGAUGUUUUUUCAAAUGUUCCCAGCAGAAAUUAUAAAUGAACAGGAUCCAUAACUGAUAUUUCCUUUAACUGCCUUUACAAUCAUGAUAAUAUUAUCCUUGAGACUGGUGUCAAAUUUAACAUACAUGUAGUGCAGUAUGGUUACAGUUUUAGGUUUUCUUUUGGAGUUAAUGCAUGGGUGUCCAUUUGGCAGUUUCCUUUGCUAUUCAAACAGUAGACAGUAGACAAUUUCUGUAUUUUUAAGUAGCUCAUUGUCCUGUUGUCAACCAGGGCAGAUGUUUUCAUACCUUUGAAAUUUUACUUUUUACACUCUUUAGAUACGUACGCCAGCACAAAACAGUCUGUGGGUGGAUUUUUUAGUCCAAGUUAUCCAAUGUACAUGGAUCUGUUCAAUUAGAUUUUGUGUUUGCAUUAAGAAGUUUUGAAUCUUUUAUUAUUUUGAAACUUUCUUUUAAUUCGCCUAACCCCUGGUUUCUGGAACUUUAUUCAAAAACUGUGUUAAUGAUAGGCCAUUUCUGAGUUCCCAAAACUCUUGCUUUCAAAACAAGGCAAGGCACACCAAAAUGUUUAAAUUUGAAAGAAAAACUUGGAUAUUCUGUCUAAAACAGAUUUUAGAUUUGUUUGAAAUUUAUGUUUAAACAAAGAGGAAUGUUUCAGUUGAACUUAAAAUAGGUUUAAUAUUUGACUGAAAGUAGCUAAAAAUUGAACCAAAACAUAGCAUUUAUCUGGAGUCAUGAAGGAAUGCUGUUUAGUCCGUCUUUAUAUAAUAAUACAAUUACAUUGUUGUUCAAUUAAUUUUUAUCCUAAUGUUUUAAAUGUUCAUUUAAAAUGUUUAUUAUAAUACAUUAAAUUUACAGCAACAAAGAAUGGAAUUUAAACCAAGGAUAAAACUGAACCACAACAAAAGAGUGAGUGUGUAAAUUUUUAGUGGGUAGAGCUUGUAACUUGUACUUGUUUAUGAAAGCUCUUGAUAUUGUAGCCACAGAUUCAGGAGUUGGAAGGGGAUGCUUUCAAUUACCAAAAUUUGUACCUUUGAAUGCUGAAAUUAAUGUUUUCUUCAUCAUAAAGGUUAUGUUGUGGUUCAAUUAAUUUUAUCCUUGGUUGUGAUUUUAGUUUCUUUUGUUUCGGGGUAUGGUAAUGCAUGUUAAUGAGUUUGAAACAAAAGAAAGUAAAAUUAAAACCAAGGAUAAAAUUGAACCAGCACAGCAACAUUGAAACCACAGCAAACUGAUUUUUUAAAUCUCCCUUGAGAUUGAAAGGGACAUGAUAUAUACAGUUUACAAUAUAUUUUUCUAACUCUGAACAGCAGUUUUUUCAAACUUUAAUAUUACAUUACAUUGUCUAAAAAUACAUGAAAAAACCAAGUCAGAUGGAAGAAUAAUUCUUAUUGGAAGCCAAAUGAAAAGUCAAUCACAUUUAAGUUUAAUGAUUUCACACACAAUAGACCUGUGUACACUAUGGGCUUUCUUAGAAAUUCCUUAAAAAAAAUUGAUAUUACAAUAACAGAUUGGUUUCGAAGUGUGCCUGAUAAAGAGAUGUAAGUUACUGUGAUUUUUUGAAAUAAGAAAUAGAAUAAAUUACAGCUACUCACAGCUCCUGUCCCUGAUAUUAAAGUUGUUUGUUGUAAUUUAACACUGUUACUUUCCAGCCGAUCUUUAAUUUUUAUAAUUUGGAAACUAAACAUUUUCUUUUGAAGGUAUAGCUACAACUUUGUGACUCUUUAAUAACUCAGCAGUUGGGAAAAAUAAUAGGAAGUUGUGUAAAAUAUGAUGCAGUUUUAAACAAAGAAAAAUAGGAAUUUGGCAUUGUUAGUAAAGCAAUCCCUUGUACAGUGAAUUAUUAUAUUAAAUUUCUGUGGAAAUAUCAGCUUACCACUUCAAUUAAUGUCAAAAAUUAGAUCCUGUAAAGCAGAGUGUUCUUGGUUUAUCGCAGGAAAUCAUUUAUAGUGAUUGUUAUGGAAACUUCAAAGUACGUAAACUUCUAGCUUUUCACUGAGUAAAAAUUAUGAUUUUAUUAAGGUCAUGUUAAAAAAAAAAUACCAUUUUAAAGCUAAUUAAAUGCUCCUUUCAAUGUCCUUGCUAUGGUCAUACAUAUCGCUCGCAUUAGCUCUGUCUUCACUCUCAAAGUCAGAUCUUGAAGUCAUUGAAGUCUCUAUUAAGUUAACAAAUUGAUGCCAGUUUUUUAUCUUCUGUCCUGUGGCUCGUGGAUCCACAACACUUUGACAAUGACAUUGUUAUGGUGUCAUUUUAUCAUCAAUAAGAGGACGGAUGAUAAAAAAACUGGUGUCAAUUUGUUUUUUACAAUAACAAAAGCUUGAAAAAGUCAAAUAUUGCUGGUAAAAAUGAAGAAAACUUAAUAUUUCUGACUUUCUUGAACUAGUGCAAUGCUAUUGUCAAUAACUUUUCAUGCUUGGUGAUUGGCUACUGAAGACAAGUAACAGACUUUCAUUGGAUAAAAACUUGACAGGUUGAAUCAUGCCACUGCCCUGCAUAAAUUAGGAAUUAAAUUGUUCUCCAAACUUCAGAACAAGAAUGAGAUCAGUGAUGUUUAUUGUCCUGAAAAAUGGAGGCAUUUUUUGGGCAGUAUAAAGUUGUAAACUAGCCCAAGUUUAAAUAUUAUUCCAAGAAAAGAUUUUGAAGCUGUUUAAGUAACCGAACAAGUCGGAGUGACGUAUAGUUGAGCUGUCUGUAGAGCAAACUAGACUGGCAGUUUUGAAGAGUUGCUAACUGAUCAGUACGAACAUUAAUCAUGCAGGGUGGUCAUUUACUUCAGUUUGUUUUUUGAGGGCCAUUCAUGCAGCUAUAUGAGCUGUGUAUAAUCAAACCAAAAGGUGGGUUUUAUAGGCAUGUAGUCUUUAGGUCAGCUUACCAGGUACUUACAAAGUUUCAUAAAGUUUGUACAAGAAGUUUGUUUUGCUUUCGGAAAAAAGGAUCAGAAAAAUACUCAGCACUUGUCAAAAGAGAACUGCUGUUCAAUUAAUGUAAUAAACUAGACUUUCAGAAUUGACUUUUUACUAUUUUAACCUUAAAACUAUGUAUGAAUAUUAAAAGCUUAUCUGAAUCACAGUUUUAAAACUGUACAAUUUCUUGGAAGUCGUCUUCUCUUUUGGAAACUUAGCUUUCCCUGCUUGAGCUUUUUACAGAGAAUCCGAACAGGAUUCUCAGGAGGGCAAGGCCUAUUAAAAGAGCUCCAAUAUUAAUACAAUGCUUGCCAAAGAAAUGCACAUACUCAUGCCAAAUGCUACAUUACCACACAUUUUGGUCCAUGAGCACAUGGAUUCCUGUCACAUGCUCAUUCUUAAGUGCUGCUGAUGGCAAAAAAGACUCAGUUAUACACUGUAAUGUUUCUUGUUUUAAACUCUGUCAAAUUGCAUUAACUGCUGUAGUGAAAUUAACAAAUUAUUAAUUCACUUUUUUUUGGAUUCUGGUAAUAAUUAUUGCCAGUUUGAUGACCUAUGCUGAAACUCUUGUUGGUUAGCUGCUGUGAUAUGUGGGUAUCCUUCUGUGUCUUUUCAUAGUUUGUAUUAUUGAAGGGGUGUGGGGGAAAGACCCUCAGAGUCACUCUCAAGCUUAUAAUAUCUCGAACUCUCUUUUGUUCACCAUAGAUACUAAUAAUAAAAAAUGAAGUUUUGCAGUCAUUACUGAUUAGCCAGGUUGCCAUAUUGGGGCCUGUAAUCUUGGUUGCCAUGGUGACUAAAAUAGUUGCAGCUUGGAGCACUCUCUUCUGUUACGUUGUUUGGUGAUCACACCAGAGGGAUCUAUAACACCAUGAAACUGCCUUCGACUACAGCAACUGUAACUAGUGUGCAAGCAGGCUCUUUUGGUGUCUCUGGGAUUGUCCCCAAGAGCCAAUCAAAAAAAUGCAGAGUAUAACUUAACAUGUCACAAAAAUGUUUUUUCACUGUUCUCUUUAGUUGUGUCAUUUUUGUUUUACUUUCAGGUGUAAAGUGCGAAGAAUGUUGCAGAGGAACAGCAACAAGCCUGUGUAAUAAGUGUGAGACUGUAUACUGCAGUGCUUGUUUUGAGAGAGUAUGUACUGUAUAGUGGUCAACAACCACUUUGCUUAUUGAUAUUUCUUAACUGACUUAUGUCAGCCUAAAUGUUAUAGUGGAGUCUGAGCUCUACAAGUCAUGUAUUGGCUACUAAAGUCACUUCCUCCAAGAACCGCUCAAAAACAUUGUGUACAUGUGAGUUUUUUAAGACCUCACAUGAAAAUUAAUUCCAAACACUCUGUUUCAUCAUGCAACUUUUCCUAAUUUUAGAAAGGCAUUAGCCACAGUUUGUGGUUCAAAUGCUCUAAAACUGCAAGAGGUUUUACAAUUUCUUUGAAAUAAAAAUCUGCCUCCACUCAAAAUAUCAUUAAUAAUCAGUUGCAUCUUUUGCAAUUUGAUUUGUUGGUAUUAUCGGAGUGUCUAUUACAGUGGAUGGUCAGUAAGGCGAGAGUUGACUUCAUGUACAUGGAAAUUAAAAGUUUUCUUGUCAUUUAAGUCAUUGGCAUGUUGGUGCCAAUUAAACCCAGAAUAAAGCAUUGAUUGUUUCAAUUUCUUUCCAUUUUUUUCUGUUGUGUGGGAAAUGUUUUUUCAUUGUUUUUAGCCCCAACAGUGAAUUGUACAUCACCAAGAGAUGUAUCCUGGAGUUCUUAGAGACUUAAGCAUCUUUGUUGUCACUUAUUUAGGUUCAUUCAUACUCCAAUGCCUUACGGAAACAUACCCCUCUUCCUGUCAAACAAACAAGGUAAUGAUAUUCAUUUGUAUUUUCUACCCUUUAUUUCAAUCCUUUUUAAUAGCUACAAUAUCAAUAUUAUACAGAUUCCCCGCACUGAUCUCCAAAAGUUUCUUAAAAAAUUAGUCAAGAGAAUUGGAUAAAAGAUCAAAGCCUUUACCCUUUGGUGAUUAUAAUGUUAUCAAUUCUGUUAACCUUUUUUCUUGACUAUGUAGUGAUAUUGUUAUGACCAACAUGGUUAAAGCAAAUACAUGGUAACUUAGAAGGAGAAUUUUAGAAGUUUAAUUACUCAUCCAGGGUUUCUUUGCAAAUUAAUGAAAAUUUAUCUGACAAUUGCACCACUUACUCAAUUUUCCCGUUAGGCAAGGAGAGGUAGGGAGUUAAUUGGAACCAAAGAUGUUGUUUUGGAAUAAAUUUGUUGAAUCCACAAUGAUGAACACAAAUAAUGUCAUACACAAAAACCUUUUUCAGUGACAAUAAGUUCACUACCAAGACCAGUAUGACCUCAUAACCCAAUUAGUGGCUUCAAGCCUUCUUUGUGAUGACCAGGCAUGUGAAGCAUUUGUGACUUACAAAAUAAUUAACAAUUAUUGAAUGAAGCUGAGUAUCAUCUGAAGAAUAAUGGAGAUCAAGUAGGGUAUUAAAAGGCAGUUGUAGCAAAAUCAAAUGGCUGCAGGACUCAUAAAUAUACAAUAAAUAUAAGUUUUGCUUUCGCUUGUGCAAUUUUUCAGCAGUGACACAGCAGUUGGUUGUCCUGAGCAUAACAACAGACCUCUGGAGUUUUUUGACAAGGAUACUGGGCAGCCUGUAUGUUCACACUGUGUGGUAAUGGGAGAGAGACAAACUCAUGCUAUCGUUCCUGUUGAUGAUAUUGUGAGUAUAUAAUAUUUUACUGCCGGAGGUUUUUUCCUUCUGUCAUGGCGUAUUAGUUGUUUUGGAGGCACUUAGAUAAGAGUAAGAUGUUUUACCACAAAGGGAUAGAAUCUCCCAAAUUAGAACUGAUGUGUUUGAAGUGGAAAAUGUAGGCAUGUAUGCCUGGGAUGAAUAAGGAUCUCCAGGGCUGUCAAUAGGGGCUAGUAGCCAGCCAAAACCACCAGCUAGUUAGCCAGCCACUUUCAUCUCCUUCUGCCAUAACUGCUAACAAAAAAAGGAGCACCGUAUCAAAUAAAAUUGUAAAGCAUCUGUUUCCCAGUUUUGAAUGACACUGAAUUCAUAUUUAAACAGGUUUAGAUCUGUGAAACGUUUAAGCCGUGCGAUGUCGUGGAACGCCUGGGACAUUUCAAUGACAUUGUUCCCAGUCUUGGAUGAAGACAAAACAACAUGGCGUUCGUGGUGGACAAUACCUCUUGAAAACACCUGGAAGUGCCAUUUCCGAAACUCUUAAUUUUCGAAAUGUCCCUAGAUGCCUCGUCCCUCAAGAACUUGUGCCUUUGGUGUAAGUUCCGAAGCCUCCCUACUAUUCAUUAUCAGCCUGCUACUUAAAAACUUUUUGACAGCCCUGGAUCUCAUAAAAUCUAAAAUGUAUCACCUAAGAAAUGUGAAGACUCUCAGCAGUCCUUCAGAUUGUUUGCAUGAUUGAGCAAAUUGAGCAAGACAAAAAAUGCCGGCCAAGAAUGCUGGACGGAAGGGAGGAAGGGACCAUAUUUUCUGUUCUUCCAGGCAUGUUCUUGUAACUCCAUCCAUCAAAGGCAAGAACCAGUUGAAAUAAAUAUACACCACGUAAUGUGGUCUCGUGACUGGAAAGGGACUGCUCGCAGUCUACGAAGCUUGAAAAUCUGUUCUUGUCAUUUUAGGCCCAAGAGGUCCAGGCUCAGUUCAAGGCAUCUAUUGAUCAAGUGACUACUAUAAUCACACAUCUUGACAAGUCAGUAAAGGUAAGCUUUUUAGUGGCAGUGUUCUUAGUAUGAGUAUAAUAUAAAAUGUAGUCUGCAAAUUGUGUGCUUUGACAGGGAUGUCAUCAUUAAAAAAAAUUUUCUGUUAGUGGAUUUAUGUGCAUUAUAUAGUAGGCAGGGAAUUGAACUGCCAGGAGGUUUGUUGGUUCUAUUUUACUUUGUUGUUUCCUAUGAAAGUAGUCAGAGGAAAUUCCCAGCCCCCACCCUAAAUGACAGGUCUGUUUGCAGUGAUUUUGUUACCUCUGAGUCCUGCAUCCUUGACGCAUAAAAAUCCCCAAAGACGCAAAAUAAUUCAUGGCAUGCGUCCUGUAGGACGCAAAGAUCGAUCAAUCGAUCUGGACAUUUUGUAGCAAUAUCCCAUUGGUGUAAUUUCUGUGGCAGUUAUUAUGGCUGUUGUUUAACAAUGUACUAUUAUUAGUUUUAGCCUUUGUUGUGCUUUAAAAGGACUAUAUUGGAAGGACUAUAUUUUAAUUUCAGUAUACUGUAAUACAGAGUGUUGGACUCUGUCCACAGAUUAACCGUCUGGUUAUUUAAAGGCCUAAGCAUUUUCAAUGUGGGACCCGUUUUUUUUUUUUUUUACUGGGACUCAUGAUUUUUCAGAAGAUGAGUCCCAGGACUCACCAUAACUAUUUGUAACAAAAUCACUGUGCUUGAUGUAAUAUAUCAAACAUGAGAUGCAGUGUUUCAUCACCAGAUGAAACACCGAGAAGAGAGUUGAAAAUACGACGCGCAGCGGAGUAUUUUUGACGAACUUCGAGGUGUUUCAUCUGGUGAUGAAACACUGUGUCGAAUGUUUGAUAUUUCUUCUCAAACAAAAUCAUUUUUGAAGGAGAAAUUAAGGAUGCAAAUACUAAGCAGUGUUUCAUCCGAUUUCCAAACACUCAUUAAACAUUAAUUUCCUUUGUAUUUUCUUAAUGAAUUAUUAAUGAGUUUGAGAAAGUUUGAGCAUCAAGAGUACUGUAAUAAUACGUAAAAAAAUUUACUAAGUGUUAUGGACAACAACAUGAUGCAUUUUUAGUCAGUCGCAAACCCAAGGCUAUAUGCAGUCUCUACAGUUGCAGAUAGUUGAGGUUGAGGUAAGGAUCAAAAAGGAACAAACAUUGUUGGCAAGGAUGCCUCAAUGAUCAACCCCUGAUAACAAUGGUUAGCUGCUUUGACAGCCAAAUCAUUAUCAGGGUUUAUUUUCGAAUCCACUACUGUGUGUCUCACUAAGCGAGGGUAUUUUCCUUUGGGUUUUAGAAAAUCUGUGGAGUUCUUCCUGAGGUUAAGUCUGAAAAGAAUAGUAUUAUCAAUGACAUAAGGGAGCACUUUCAGUCCUUAUAUGCCGCUCUUCAGACAAGGUACGUCAUUUGAUGGGGCCAUUAUAGCAUGGUGCCAGGUAUAAUCAUGCAGGGUCCUCCAUUUAGAUUAAAAUGCUCAGAGUGUCUUUCAUAUGGCAUAGGCAUGUGUGGGGGUGGCAGUAGGUAUGGCAGGGUUUACCCCCCUUCUAUUUGGGGAGGCUGAAGACUCUCUGCAGGCCUGCGGUUUACCCUCCUUCUAUUUGGGGAGUCUGAAGACUCUCUGCAGGCCUUAAAAAGUGUCUCAGCUCAUUUUGAGCAACCAGGGAAAGAAUUGUAGCCACAAGGAUAGCAACUUUAUUUAGCUGCAUUUGCUUUAUUUUUAAUCAUAAUAAUUAUGCUUGUUUUUAUCAAGCUCAAGUGUUGAUAGACAAAUAUGAUGAAAAAACAAAACAUUUUUCUGUGAGAAGGGCGUGAAAAAAAACUUGAAUUUUUGUUAGCCUGUCUGUUGGGCAAGCAGGUCGCACAUUUUGCUUGCAUUUUGCACAUCUUAAUCAAUGUUUUUGUUAGAGGAUGACUUGGCUAGACCCUUUUCCAUUGGGCAAGUAAGCUUUAAAAGUUACUUGCCCAGCAAGAAAAUCUACUUGUCCCAGACUACCGGAUGAGACUUUUUUUGAGCCCUGUGUGAGGAGCCAUCAUUUCCAUAAUGACUAGAUACCUGCAUUUUUUUGCCAAAUGCUGAAGCUUCCAUAGAACCCCAUACGCUAACACAGACAUUCUACACAUAACAAAAAACAACUGUCUCAGAAAUGUGAUCCUAUAUAUUGGUCAUGUUUGCUGUUGUCAAAACACUAUGUUGACAAAGAUGAUGCUUUUUGCAAAGCCUGGGGGUCUGUACAAAUGGGACUCUUGGAUAAAUAUAGCUUGCUGCUUUUGCCUAAGAAUGAAUUUUACAGCAUGUAUAGCUUUAUAUUUAAACAUUUUUGUGAUCUGUAUUAUAGGGAGCAUUCACUGAUCAAGGAUGUGGAGCUGAACCACAGUGGAGAACAAAUGCUUGAAAAACUGGUAAGAGAAUUGUUUCAGGUUUCAAAGAAUUUUGAUUAAUUGUUAUCAAUAUUUAUGUAUUGCAUGGCAUAUAAUUAAAAAAAAAUGCCACAACUAUCAGAUCUUUAAAUAUAGAAUUUUGUGUUCAAAUAAGCAUAUCAAACGAGCGGAGAACUGGUAUGACUUAUUACUGUAAAAGCUCAAGGGAUUGUUUGGAGGGACAGCAAAAUCAUGGCAAAAAUGCACUCAGGGUUUUUCUGGCUGAACAAGACAUUAUUAUUAUUAUACCUGGUGCAUCAGGGUCUGAAGGAAUUCUGUAAAAGUUAGAAUUAGUUGCAUUUCUGAAACCAUUAUUGCAGUUUAAAACACAGCCCUUGUAGUGUGUCAUGUUUGUUAACCUUUAUGCCUUCCAUCCAAGCAAUUCAGUAUCAGAUUCUGAAAAACCUUACCCUUCUUUAACUCACACAUGACCAAUAACUUCUCACGUAGAUCAAAAUCUUGGAUUAGGGAAGGGGUACAGUUGUAGGUGGACAAAUUCGUUUGAAACUGUAUUAGAUUCUGUUAAACUGCCCACCUACCCCUUCCCUAACUCAAUGUUAACACUAACUUCCCUCCUAAUUUGAAAUCUUGGGCUAGGGGAGGGGUAGGUGGAAAAAGUCAUUUGAAUCAGUAUCAGGUUGUAGGAAACUUUCCCCUCCCCUAACUCAACAUUAACACUAACUUCUUACUUAGGGAAAAAUCUUGGGUUAGGGGAGGGGUAGGUGGAAAAGUUAUUGGAAUCAGUAUCAGAUUGUGGGGAACUGUCCACCUACCCCUUCCCUAACUCCAUGUUAACAUUAACUUCUCACUUAGGGAAAAAUUCUGGGUUAGGGAAGGGGUAGGUGGAAAAGUCAUUUGAAUCAGUAUCAGAUUCUGGGAAAACUGUCCACCUACCCCAUCCCUGGCUCCAUGUUAACAUUAACUUCUCACUUGUUACCACCAGGCUAGGGGAGGGGCAUGUGGACAAAGUCAUUUAAAUCAAUGUCAGUGAUUCUGGGAACUGUCCACCUACCCCUUCCCUAACUCAACAUUAACAUUAACUUCACACUUAGGGCAAAAUCUUGGAUUAAGAGAGGGGUAGGUGGAAAAAAUCAUUUGAAUCAGUAUCAGGUUCCAGGAAACUCCCCCCUCCCCUAACUCAACAUUAACACUAACUUCUUACUUAACGAAAAACUUGGGUUAGGGGAGGAGUAGGUGGACAAAAAAAAUUUAAAUCCUUAUCUGGGGAACUUCCCAUCUACCCCCUCCCCUAAACCAACAUUGACACCAGAGUGCCACUUAAGACAAAAUGUUGGGUUAGGGGAGAGGAGGUGGGCAAUUUCCCAGACUCGUAUAUUGAUCCAAAAUAUCUUUGUUUCUUCUUAAUCAGGUUGACUAUCUCACCUUUCUAAGUACAUGUAUUUCUGAUCGAUUUAUUGAUUGAUAAUUUUAGAUUGUAUGGAAUUAUAAAUAGGUAAGAAAAGGAGGCUAGGACAUUACUGAAGUAAAGAAGAUACCACUGUCGAAAAGUGAGACAAAAAUACAAAGUAGCUUACAUACAUUGUUAUUUUCUUUCUCUCAAACAGCGAGAGGAUGUUACAGAGAAUUUACGAAAAGCUAAAAGUUACAUACAAGGUAACAAAAACAUACUCUUUGCUAUAGGUUUGAUUCUUUUCAAAAGAAAUUGUGAUAUGCAGUGAAACUGUGAUAAUUGUUCAAUUCAACUUUUUAUUAUUUUACAGAGUUAGAAACAUUGAUUGGACAGCCACAGAAAUUGAUAGACAGUGCAAAGAAGGUCAGUUAUCCUUUUAAUUUUGCAAAAACCAAUUGCAAUAUGUAAUUGUUUACAACGGAACACACACACAUAGUUUUUUUGAAAAAUAAUGUCUUUCAUGUGCAUGCAGCUUAAAAGCGAGUUGGAGGCUUUUCAAGAUAUGCCAUGUUUUGCAGUAGCAGUGUCAGCGGACAAAGAUGAAGCACAGUAAGUGAAAUUCUCGUGCAAUCGCAUUGUGGUGCCUAUCAUAAUGUAAAGAAGUGAGUCAAACAUUACUGUUGUGUACUGAACUUUUUCUACAGGUUUGUUCCUGGUAAAGAAUUAUGCAACAACAUUUCAGAGUAUGGCUCAGUGUCCAUGGAUGGACAGCCAAGGUACAGUUAAGACUUGUGGAUCUUACUUGCGGUAUUUACUGUGUGAUAUUGUGUUUGACGAAGGAGAUCACAUUAUAAUCUUGGACACUAAAGAAAUCAAUAUAUUAGUGAGGACUGUCAUCAAGUUUGCCCCCUCUUGCGUUUUCUGUGGUACUUUUCAAACAUAGAUAAUGAACAAGAAAGUUUUAGAAAUUAGGAGCUUUGUUGUUUAGUGACAAGGAAAUGAUCUAUACAAAACUGCACCUUAAGGGUUGGAAGGUUUAGGGUGAGUUAUGUGCGCAAACUGUUCGAUGUAAGAUCAUGACUGAAAUUCUUGACCGAUCUAUUGAAUCAUAAACUGAUGCAUACAUCAUUAGACAAAUCAAUCCUCAUGGGUGGCAAACUGGUUACUUAGCCAGGCCUCAGGUAAAUAUGGCUCCCUACUUUGUGAUAACAGUGGAACCCCUUUUAAUGUGACCACUUGAUAAAACUCUGGUUGUGUUAAUAGGGUGGUUUCAAGUGAUGAUACUAAGCCUUUCUGAACUUUGUGAUACAAAAGAAAGUUAUAUCUGUCUUUCAGUACGUUGAAUAUUGCCUACAUUGCAUGAAUGCUUAUUUAUGCAUUUUUAACUACAGGUAACAAAAAAAUGGCCAUGAUAACAAGCUGGCCAUAAUUUAUUAUUAAUGGGGCAGUCUAUUGCCGCAACAUGCAGACUGUGAAUUCAAAGAUACGCACGACUGUCUCUUUUGGUGCCUCACAUUAACAAUCUAGGUCACAUGGCCUUGCUUGUCAACCAAAUAGGUAAACUCACAUGGUCACGUUCCUUUGACAUUUUAUUUGAGCGCUGCUUUUUCCCUUUAUAUGACAACAAAUCUGUUUUAAAGGCCUAUUUCAAAACCAGAAUAGAAGAAAAAUUAUAUCCACCAGUCUAGGAAAGAUGAUAAGUGCUGUUAACCCUUUAAGCCCCAAUAUCCACAUACAAAUUCUCUAAACUGAUCUCCAUACAUCUCCUUUAAGAAUUAGUCAAGAGAAUUUGAUAAAAGAUCAAAGCAUUUUCUUUUAGGUGAUCAUUUUAUUAAUUCUCAUAACCUAAUCUCUUGACAAUGUAUGGAUAUCGUUAGGAGAAAAUUGCUGUUGGUCACUAUUGGGACUUAAAGGGUUAAUUGAGGUUUGACUGUACUGGUGAUUCCUUGAUCCAAGAGACACUAGAACCUUUUCACUGCCAAGUCUUUCCUGAAAUGCUUUAAAGAGCCAAAGGAAAUUUUUGUAGGCCUAUUGUAAAUACAUGUACAAGUACAUUUUUGUUUUGUGAUUGUCAAAGGUUUGAGCUAAAGAAGAUCAGUGAUUUGACAGAGGAUGACUUGAGGGAGGACAAUACAGACGAGGUUGUUGCAGGAGCUGAAGAGGAUCAGCUUGAAGAAGCUGAAAAUGCUCUUCAAUCUGAUGAUAAAGAACAACACACUGGAACACCAAGAACCAUCACAGCGUCCAAGAUUCUGAAAGCCAAUCUUGCAUGUCAGUGUCAUUUGUCUACUGUAUUUUCUGUGUGGUGUGCAUUUUUUGAAAAUAUUUUUGGCCAAAAGGGCGAUUACAUUACAGUUACGUUUUGCCAGAUGUUUUUCCACAGUGAAAAAUAUUGAGUUAACAAUAUUUAAACCAAUUUAAACCAUUUUCCAUAGUCUAUGUAUACUCUAUAUGAUCAACCAUAGAAAUGAUGUGAAAAUGGGCAAAACUCAAAUGGAACCACACGCCACAGGCAAGUGGUUGAAAAUUGUUUUCUAUUUUUUUACAAUAACAUUGACAGUUUUGAGGUCCUUUCCAGAAACGUUUCUUGGCAAAUCAGGCCCGCGAGAAAGAGGAAAACAAAUUUUUCCAUCAUGACAUCAUUUGCCUGGUUUGUCAUUGAUUAUAGCUCUUCACCAAUCAGAGCGUGGAAAAAAAUGCUCUGUUAUUGUAAAAAUACAAAUUGAAAAUUGUUAAUACAGUGGAGCAAAUAAAGCUUCCUUGGCCGUAAGACACAGGGUACAUUUUGAUGUGAAGCACUUGCAAGGUGCUUCAUCAGAAACACAUCUAUUUACAGGGAACUGCAUUUGUAUUAAUAGCUGGUGAGGAGAUUGAAAGGGAGCCAGGGAUUUAUUUAUUUCCGUUUUCCUGUUUAGGUCAAUGUACUGUAUUUACCCAAAGUAUGUGGGCCUUAAAAUGGGAGUAUUAGCCAGCAAAAUCCUUAACCCAAUUUGACAACCCUGGUUGGUGAAGAGUAAUUUUACUAAAUAAUCAUUGUUAUUUAGAUCGCCUUGAAAUGGUGUUGGUGACACACAUCAAAGAUCCCUGUGAAUUCAUGAUUCAGAGAGUUGCGGACAUGGAACAACUUCAGCUCAUGAUGAACAUUAUCAACAUUUAUUGUGACAGUACAGAAAACGUCCAUGAUCUGCUUUAUGAUGUAAAAUUUGGUAUGUUACUUUUUCGUAAUCCUUGUAGUAGGCAAGAAAGGUCUUCUUCCUUGUAAAUUCCAACGUAAAAAACACUUAAUAACUACAGUCUCAGAGAUAUGUCCAGAAAUGCACGCAUUGGCGAAAAUGGCAGAAAUGGCAAUUAAUCGCCAAAAUCGCCAAACUAUAAACAAAAAUUCAAAUGAGAUGGCAAAGGGGCCCUUUGCAAAGUGGCGAUUUCGGCGAAAAUGGCGUAUUUGGCGAAAAUGGCAGAAAUGGCGCUUAAUCGCCAAAAUCGCCAAACUGUAAACAGAAAUUCAAAUGAGAUGGCAAAGGGGCCCUUUGGAAAGUGGCAAUUUCGGCGAAAAUGGCGUAUUUGGCGAAAAUGGCAGAAAUGGCGCUUAAUCGCCAAAAUCGCCAAACUGUAAACAGAAAUUCAAAUGAGAUGGCAAAGGGGUCCUUUGGAAAGUGGCAAUUUCGGCGAAAAUGGCGUAUUUGGCGAAAAUGGCAGAAAUGGCAAUUAAUCGCCAAAAUCGCCAAACUAUAAACAAAAAUUCAAAUGAGAUGGCAAAGGGGCCCUUUGCAAAGUGGCGAUUUCGGCGAAAAUGGCGUAUUUGGCGAAAAUGGCAGAAAUGGCAAUUAAUCGCCAAAAUCGCCAAACUAUAAACAAAAAUUCAAAUGAGAUGGCAAAGGGGUCCUUUGCAAAGUGGCGAUUUCGGCGAAAAUGGCGUAUUUGGCGAAAAUGGCAGAAAUGGCGCUUAAUCGCCAAAAUCGCCAACUGUAAACAGAAAUUCAAAUGAGAUGGCAAAGGGGUCCUUUGGAAAGUGGCGAUUUCGGCGAAAAUGGCGUAUUUGGCGAAAAUGGCAGAAAUGGAGCUUAAUCGCCAAAAUCGCCAAACUGUAAACAGAAAUUCAAAUGAGAUGGCAAAGGGGCCCUUUGGAAAGUGGCGAUUUCGGCGAAAAUGGCGUAUUUGGCGAAAAUGGCAGAAAUGGCAAUUAAUCGCCAAAAUCGCCAAACUAUAAACAAAAAUUCAAAUGAGAUGGCAAAGGGGCCCUUUGCAAAGUGGCGAUUUCGGCGAAAAUGGCGUAUUUGGCGAAAAUGGCAGAAAUGGCAAUUAAUCGCCAAAAUCGCCAAACUAUAAACAAAAAUUCAAAUGAGAUGGCAAAGGGGUCCUUUGCAAAGUGGCGAUUUCGGCGAAAAUGGCGUAUUUGGCGAAAAUGGCAGAAAUGGCAAUUAAUCGCCAAAAUCGCCAAACUAUAAACAAAAAUUCAAAUGAGAUGGCAAAGGGGCCCUUUGCAAAGUGGCGAUUUCGGCGAAAAUGGCGUAUUUGGCGAAAAUGGCAGAAAUGGCAAUUAAUCGCCAAAAUCGCCAAACUAUAAACAAAAAUUCAAAUGAGAUGGCAAAGGGGUCCUUUGCAAAGUGGCGAUUUCGGCGAAAAUGGCGUAUUUGGCGAAAAUGGCAGAAAUGGCGCUUAAUCGCCAAAAUCGCCAAACUGUAAACAGAAAUUCAAAUGAGAUGGCAAAGGGGUCCUUUGGAAAGUGGCGAUUUCGGCGAAAAUGGCGUAUUUGGCGAAAAUGGCAGAAAUGGCAAUUAAUCGCCAAAAUCGCCAAACUAUAAACAAAAAUUCAAAUGAGAUGGCAAAGGGGCCCUUUGGAAAGUGGCGAUUUCGGCGAAAAUGGCGUAUUUGGCGAAAAUGGCAGAAAUGGUGCUUAAUCGCCAAAAUCGCCAAACUGUAAACAAAAAUUCAAAUGAGAUGGCAAAGGGGCCCUUUGGAAAGUGGCGAUUUCGGCAUUUGGUGAAAAUGGCAGAAAUGGCAAUUAAUCACCAAAUCGCCAAACUGUCAACAAAAAUUCAAAUGAGAUGGCAAAGGGGCCCUUUGCAAAGUGGCGAUUUCAGCGAAAAUGGCGUAUUUGGCGAAAAUGGCAGAAAUGGCAAUUAAUCGCCAAAAUCGCCAAACUGUAAACAAAAAUUCAAAUGAGAUGGCAAAGGGGCCCUUUGGAAAGUGAGGAUUUUGGCGAAAAUGGCGUGCACUAAUUCUGUAUCUUUUCAUCAACCACAAAUAAAAAAAAAAUAUAGAGUGCAUGUUGGCCUCGUUCUUAAAACGUGUUUUGGCAGAAAUGGCAAUUACUCGAUGAAAUACCUAAUUUGUCAAGACAAAUUGAAAUGACAUAGCAAAGGGUCCCUUUUGAAAUGGCUAUUAAUUGCCAAAUAGUUAACCACAUAUUAAUAUAAAAAUGUUUCCAAUAGUAUAAUUGUAUACUAAUAAUGACACUAAGUGUCAUUAAUCUGUUUUUAAUGCUUUUACCUUUAAUUGAUAACCUCUUGUGAUUUGAAAUUCGUCCCACACAAGAGUGUUCGGUCGGGAAUUACCACUUAUAACUAAUUUCUUGCUCAAUUCAAAUCGAAUGACCAACGAGUUGUAUUCAAUUAUCAGUAAAUGGUAAUCUUCGUAAUGUUCAUGGCAACUUUCUUCCCAAAAAAUCCAAGAUAGGUAUCCUUAAUUUUCCAGGCUUGUAGGCAUUGUUUGAAUAGCGACAGUUCAACAUUAUAUGUUAUGAGGAGGUUGGUUCUUGGCUACGCAUUCAGAUAAUUAGAUGGUCCGUAUUGCCUUGUACAUCCAUCCUGUUUGUUAUAAUGGCGUUCAAUCGUACAAGUAUAUAUAAACGAGCUGGUUCAUUGCAGUUUCACAGAACAUGAACGUAUAAGGUUUAGUAGUUGUUAUACAGACGCGGCGACCAUGUUGAAAUAGUCGAUUUUGGAUAACUACUCUAUGUAAGUAGAAACGAUUAGCGUCAUUCCCAGCUGACUUUGGUGGUCACUCUAUGUUUAUAGCUCCUCUAUGUAAGCAAAACGAUUAAUGUCGUUCACAGGGACUCUCAGGCAAUUGUUAAAAUAGAAGGUAAAAAGGCCGGGUGACGUGUUUCGACGAGCAUUAGCAUUAGCAAUUUAAUGGAAACAUAUUGUACUGAGAAUUGGUUUGGUGGUCUCAGCGCAAAAAAACAAUACAUUUUCUAAAUUUCUGGCCCCACCUCAUAAAGCAAUAAUGGGACACAUUUUUGAAGAACGAGACAAACAUGUACACUCUCUUUUUAUAUAUCUAGUUGAUGAAAAGAUACAGAAUUAGUUUGAAUGGGAUAUGUUUUAUGAAAGAGACAAACAAGUUAUUGCUUUGAUCCAAUGUUUAUGUUCAAUAAAUGCGGUGAAGUAUUGGGCACAAGUGACAUUUCGUGCAGGUUUACAUAAAGUGGAAAUACGCGAAAUCACACAUUUCAAAAUGGCGCACGCAAGCUGCUGGACAUUCCGGCUUUCGUUACUUUUAGGGGACCGUUUCUCUAAAGAGCAAAGGAAGUAAGUGCGAGAAGAAAGUGAAGAGUUUAAAACGACGGAAGAAGAUAAUGUGUAUAGUGGAGAACCAAAAAAGAAUGAAGGGCACACACUAGCUGGUUAUCGUGAAAGCAUCUUUUGGCCAGGAACCAUGCGUUUCGCAAUCGCUUUUGAUUUAAGGCUGCCUCACAAUUUAAUGGAACCAAUGUGAAGAGAAUUGUAACCAGUGAGGAUUGUUAAGGUCUACAUCGAACCUCAAAAGUUAGAGUGUCCAUGGCAAGGAAUUAUUAUGAUUUCAAGGACUUGGUAGUUCUCUCCUCGAGUAAUUAGUGGACUUGUAAGUCUUUGAAAGGAAUGAACCAUACAAAAGCAAAUGAUGCUAGUGUGAUAUUUCAGCGCAUCACAUCACUAAGUCAAGCGACAUCGAAAGUAAGGAAAUGUUUACUUAACCUGUGAAGUACAUGGCACAAAUACAUAUUAGCUUAACUGAAACGACUUGCAUUUGUUGUUUUCAGAUAUAUUUGAUUCAGUUGUAUUUGAUAAAAUAAUGUUGUUUGACAGUUAGGUAAAGCUGUUUUGUCAUAUAUUUGAUUCAGUUGUAUUUGAUAAAUGUUGCCUCACAGUUAUUGGGGCCUCUUAUUAGGCAAGUAAUUUGAACUUUUUUUUAGUACUGUUGCCUCACAGUUAUAAGGACCUCUUUAGUUAUCUACUUUGAAGGGGCCACUUUUGGCAUCCAAUUUGAAUAUUUUGCCACAUAUCGCCAGCCCUCAAGCGAUUUUUGCCAAAAUUACCAAUUUCGCCAAAAUCGCCAUUUUCGCCAAAAUCGCCAGCCUCCAAGGGGCCACUUUUGGCAUCCAAUUCAAAUCGCCAGAGGCUGGUGAUUUUUCGCCAGUUUCGCCAUUUUCGCCAUUGCAUGCAUGGCGAUUUUUUCCAAAAUUGCCAAUUUCGCCAAAAUCGCCAGCCUCCAAGGGGUCACUUUUGGCAUCCAAUUCAAAUCGCCAGAGGCUGGUGAUUUUUCGCCAGUUUCACCAUUUUCACCAUUGCAUGCAUGGCGAUUUUUGCCAAAAUUGCCAAUUUCGCCAAAAUCGCCAUUUUCGCCAAAAUCGCCAGCCUCCAAGGGGCCACUUUUGGCAUCCAAUUCAAAUUGCCAGAGGCUGGUGAUUUUUCGCCAUUUUCGCCAUUGCAUGCAUGGCAAUUUUUGCCAAAAUCGCCAAUUUCGCCAAAAUCGCCAUUUUUGCCAAAAUCGCCAGCCUCCAAGGGGCCACUUUUGGCAUCCAAUUCAAAUCGCCAGCGGCUGGCGAUUUUUCGCCAGUUUCGCCAUUGCAUGCAUUUCUGGACAUAAGUGCAGUCUCAGACAAAAACCUUGAAACACUUUAGAAAAUCUCGUUUCCUUUUUCCCCCCCUUUUGCAAUGUUGUUGUAGCCACGUAACUUUGCAAUCACAUCUCAGCAUUGCUGAGGGAAAGGGAAGUGCAUGGGUGUUUCAACUAUUUUAGACAUAUUUCCGACCUUUUUUCUCCUUUUUUGGGUUUAAAAGUGACUAUGCAGUCUUCACUUUUUUUUUCUCAUUUUCCGGCCUUUUUGACUGAAUCAUACUCAUUCUGGUAUGGUUUGAAAGAUCACUUUACCCUGCACAAAUUAGCUGACAAAUUUGUCCUUGACUGUUAAGACUGAUGUUGUCACAUGCGGUAGACCGUUGAAGAGAGGUGGAUCCGCGCAUGGGGCUACGGUAGUUCAGGUGCAAAUGGUUUAAAAUUAUUAAAAGGCAACAUGAUAAAUGUCCUGUAAAAUUUCUGGUAUCCUGGUUAGACAUACAUCCUUUCUAAAAAGAAAAAUUAUUCUCACUUUUCUCAGGUGACAUGUGCUGUGCACAGUUCACUACAGACAAUCAAUGGUACAGAGCAUGCAUAAAAACAGCUUAUUCACCAGCGUGUCCCAAUGUUGUACCAACUCUGGAGAAUGGUCUUUGUGUUGAAGUACAAUACAUUGAUUAUGGCAACAGUGAGUGGCUUCCUCUAAGCAGGUAUUUCUCAGCCACCAAUUAUUUGUCUUUCUAAAUUCUCUCCUUUUUUUGUUGAUUUGUUUGUAUUAUUCACACAGAUGUAUGUUGUACUCUUUUGCCGUUUUACUAUGUACUAAUAAUUGCUGCAGAAAGUGAUUGCUCAAUGCAAGGACCUGCUGAGAUGGAUAUUUUACACUAUUGUACUUACCAGAGCAAUCGUUUCAACCAUACCCUUCUUAUUUCUUACUUUGUACUUCAUUUUUCAAUUGGAUUGAGGAAGUAUUUACCCUGGGUUCCAGAAGUGCAGUGAGAUGCUUUGGUGUGGGCCACUGGCCGAAGCUGUGAGAAAAAAUUGGGGAUCAGUAUAAAGACUUGACUGGAACCGUAUUUUGCGCAUUAAAAGUCUCUUGCACCGAGUGAAGGAAGCAUGAAGAAGACGCAUAUGACACUGGAGAAGAAGUCACUUUAUAGUAAUUUCACCUAUUCAAAGGAAAAACCGCACAAGUAGUGACAGCUUGUGUUAAAAUGUUGGGUGCCCUGUUCAAUAGAUAAUUUUCAAUCAAAACAAUACCAGCAAAAUUAAUACUUAUUUUCUCUCUUGCCGUUAUUUCUAAAAACUAUAGCCAACUUUUCCUCUUUACCUAUUGCAGACUUAGAAAGAUGAAAAGUGAAUUUUUGAAUAUUCCUGAACUUGCUCAGUGUUGUUCCUUAGCAGACAUUGUACCUCCUUUUCAGGUUUGUACACACCCGCUUUUUUUUAUUAACAAUUGACAUAAGUAAAGUCCAUUUCCGCCCGCACAUAGCAGGUGCUAGCCGAGGCUGGCGGAGAUACAGGGGUACAGCAGUCAGUGAUAAAUCAGAAUGGUUAAUUAACAAUAAACAAAUAAAGCUUAAACGGGAAUAAAUAACAUUUACAAAAUCAACCACUUGUAGCAGUGACAGGUAUAUAUAACUGCAAAACUGCAUUAAACUUUUCAUACUGUAUAGUUUGCUAUUUUCUGAAGCAGAAUGGGCGCCUCAACAUAAUCGUCCUCGGCCUUUAAUAUCGAGGGCAACGUGUUAUUAAUAUGGAUUUUAAAAGGUCAGUUGGGAAGAUGACAGAGUUCAUCGCAUAUCGAGUUUAAAGCUUAGCUCCAAACCAAGCAAAAGAACCUUGGUUUUGAUUCAGUCUCGAUAAAAAUUGCCGGAGGAAGAGAACCUGGUGUCGUGUUCAUGCUUUUAGCUUUAGUGAAAAGAUAACUAAUGUUAGUGGGAACAGUUAAACAGUUACCUCACCAUUGGCGUCUAUUCACCAGGAGAAUCCUUUAGGGAACAGACUUCCUGCAUUUUACAGGAAACAGUUUGUCUCAAACGUUAGCCCCUUAAACCCGAGUGCCAAUGUGCAUAUCCUCCGCCCUGUUGUUCAUACGUUUCCUGUGAUUCUGGAGAGGAGAAUUUGUCUUGUAAUCAAAGCAUUUUACGUCCGUUUUUCUCAAGACCUCUAUGCUUGAUUGACCACCAUAUGUAAAGGUGAAGUUUUUUAAUUUUGUUAUUUAUCUAUUAGAUUUUAUGGCACAGAUGCUGCAAAACAAACCUUCCACUAAGCCAAAGGACGAAAUGCAAAGGGGUCCAAGAUCCUUUUAAAGUGCAAUAAUUGAUGAUUGAAAAAUAACAAAAAUUUUCUGUUUAAAAUAUGUUAAAUAAAAAGUAAAAAAUUGCUACCAUAUUAUACAAUAGAGAAAUAAGUUAAUAUAAUUACAAAGUAAGAGGUCAACCUCGCCCUUUUUUUUACAGGAGGAGAAGUGGCCACCAAAAGCAACCAAGGCCUUUGGAAGUUUGACAGGAGAUAAACCUCUUUUGAUGACAGUGAGUUUGAAUACUAUUGGUGCUUUUUGAUUUAAAUGGUUACUUGCGGAAACCUAAAAUACUUCAAAAGUAUUUGCCUUAAAUAUUAGCAAGGUAUUUAAAGCUUCUCGUCUUUAGGCGAGGAGGCCUCAACAAACUACCGAGAUUUGGUUUGCCUCAAAUUUUCAUCAAUAAUUUCAGUAUCCGUUUUAAAACUCUGCCGUUUUUGGUUUCGGGGUUACUCUUGUAAUAACGUUACUGAAACGUGAAUUAUUAUACACUUAAUGUCAGAUCCCGAGGGAAACAGUUGGUUUUGUUUUCCCGAGAAUCAGACAUCAGGACUCGAGGGAAAACAAAACUAACUGGCUUCCCAAGGGACCUGACAUCAAGUGUUUUGUUAUAUUUCUAGACUUUCACUUCAACAGUAACAAAAGAAUAACCCUGAGCGAACCAAAACAGUCGACUCGGUACUUAUAACAACACAAAUUUAUAUUCUCAAAACCACUGAAUGAAUGAUUUACAAAGUACCUUCCUUGUAUUAUCUGCAUCAUUUUCCUCCUUUAGCUGCUGUUUUUCUUCUUGGAACUUCUUGGAUAACUUUAAAUCUCGUUGCUUUUUAGCUUGAGGCUUCGUGUUUGAGUUGUUGUAUUCAUUUACGAAAAAGAAAACUGGCCGGCAGGACCUGUCAGUGUUUUUCCCGCCUUUUGUCACACCACUUUCCACUAUUCUUUGAUCAUGUGCUGUAAUGUAGCUCGAGCGUGGUACAUUGCUUAAUAUAUCACGAUCGGGAUACAUUUGAUUUUAGUCAAGGCCACGUAACCAAGAAUCGGCCAAUGGCAGUCCCUUUUUAGUUAUGUGAGAGUCUUGGAAUAUAACAAAACGCAGUGAUAUCUUUUUAGGUCAUUGAAAAGAAAGGCAGUAAACUGAUUGUUGAUUUACGGCGCCCAGAGGAUGAUGAGCCGACUCAAGAUGAUGACAGACCAGUGUCUGUCCGUGAUGCUCUUGUUUUCUUGGAAGUUGCUAGAUUCACUUCACCUGCUUCAAGACCUGAAGGUAUUAUUUAGAAUUUAGCGAAAAUCAUCCAUGCACCGCGGCAUAGUUGAGUUUCUGUGUCAUAAAGCAGCAACAAGGGUGUUGCUGCCCGUUGCCUAGUCUUUCAGAUCCCAAAGUAAUCGCCAGACUUACUGUGAAAAUCCGAUACCCUUGGAAUCGAUUAAGUUUUGGACAAUUUUGGACAUUUUUUCUAUAAAAUAUUGUGUUUAACUUUGUGUUCCACAUUACGCAACCAAUCAAAAUACGGGGAGCAGAAAUGACGCUCUGCUGCCGGAGAGCACUGGCCUGUAGCAGCGUGGCCUGGGUACCAAUCCGGGCAUCGAUGCCAAUUGUGGGUCAGUUAAGUUUGUUCUGGCGCUCUUCGUUGCUCCAAGGGGGUUUUCUCUUCUAGCACUCGGGUUUUCCGCUCCAUUUUAUAAACCAUGCAGCCCUUUUCUUUAAUUUAAAUUCCAUCCGGAGUGGUAGACGGAGAACCAUUUUUUGGCCGUGUUAGUGCUCAAUCGUUACUUAUUCAUUCAAUAAAUCUGAGUUGUUGUGAUGGCUGAGACGUGCGUUUGAAAGGUUUCAUUUUAUCUCAAUUGCGUUUUAAAUUGUACAAAUCCGCUUCCAAAACGUCUUGGAUUUUAAGUCGCUCCGUGUUGUAUGGAACCCAUUGAGUAGCAAAAUAGUCUACCGUUACUUUCUAUCGUCACGCAAUUUUCCUCGCCACAACCAGCAGCUGUUUUGUGGGAAGAAGCGUUGCGUGAGGACACAAAAAACGACUUUGACGGAUACUAAUGGCAACAGUAACUACAUUUACCUUUACAUUUACAUUUACCUGUAUUGGGUCGGUAAAAUCAUUAAGAUAAUAAUAAUAAUAAUAAUAAUAAUAAUAAUAAUAAUAAUAAUGAUAAUAAUAAUAAUAAUAAUAAUAAUAACGGUUUAAUAUCAGUACAUCCAUGGUAUGGCUGUUCGCCUGAUAUAAAAGUAAAAUAAGGAAAUUAAAAAAAAAAUAGAUAAAAAAAAUAAAUAAUACAUAAAUCUGAAAUUAUCACACUGAAAAUAAAAGCAAGCAAUAAAUAAAUAAAUAAAAUAAGUAAAUGAAUAAAUACAGAUAUAUUAAUAUAUAGAAUAAUGAUAUAAAAGUUAAAUAAAGAAAACUAUACAAACUACAUAUAACUAUUAUUUAAGAAAAGCCGAGAAGCAUGGUUUAGCGUGUAGACGCGUACAAUGCAUAAACAUCAACACAAGUCUGACCGCUGUUAUUGUCCUCUGUACAAUUCGCAAGGUCCUGUCCAAACCAAAUUUGAAACUCCUGUCCAACAAACGCGGAUAUUGGAGAUGGAAGCUCGUUAAACACGAGUUCGGUCGCGUUUACACCUGUCCCUUUGAUCCCGUAUGAGUAUUGACAUUUACGCGGCCCGCUCGUUUUGUAAUCCGCGAGCCAAAGGGCUGUCCUGUUCUGGAACGUUAUUACGGUAAGCAGUGUCGUGUUCCCGUAAUUUGUAUGGUUGCAUCCCCAAUAGGACGGUAGAACAUCUUCUGAACAUAAAACUGACCCGUUGAUAUGAACCAGUUUAAACGUAUUGAUGAGGCCACUCUCUGUGAUGUGGAAGGUUCCAUACGAGUCAUUACGUGCUCCAAAGCAGACUGGGGCAAUGUUGAUCUUCUUCCAGUUAUCUGAAAGAAAUUUCCACAGUCUGUUUCUGUAAACAUGAAAACAAUUCUUUUGGAAAAAAGGAUUUUACCAGGAACUGCUCGAAAGUAGCGAUUGCAUCGGCCGCCUAAAAUAAGAAGGAUUUGUAUGGGAAAAUAACUCUUGCCACUCGAUCAGGGCUGAGUGGUUUUCCAUGCAAAACUUGUAAAUUUUGUAAGUUUUAAACUCUUCAAACUGUCGUAAAAUCUCCGGGAAUCAGAUUUUCUUUUGUUCAUAACAGAAAAUUAAGAAGAAGAACUACAGUCUUACCCAGUUCGCAUUUUUCUCCACUCCAUGGCACUUUACAUGCGCAAGCAAACGUCUCUUUUUCUUCGUUGAAGACGCAAGAACCGCCAUUAAGGCAUCCUGUCAGUAGGCAGCCCUGAAGAAAAUGUAACACUGACGUGUUACCAUAAAUCCCUGAUAUGUUUUUUUCCAUUCUCGAUACCCCUAACCUUUUCGUUUUUUUUGGCCCGUGUACGCUUAAACAUUUGUCGGGACGAGCGAAAAAAAAAGCAAGAAAAUGAAGCUGGCGAAGACUGGCGGGGGACAGGGCGGCGCGAGGGCCUGUCCACUCCACAGGGUCCAGAGGAGAUGUGUUUGUCGUUAGACAUGAAAACCCGUCGAAAACCUCUGAAAAAAUGGGUUAUUUUGAUCGCGUUACAGUUUCGUUACUCAUUCUAUUGACCGCAAACCAAUCGGGCGACGUUCCUUGCCCCAGCGAGGAUAUGGCUUGCGGUUAUUGAUUUUCAAAAUGGUGAACAACGAAGUCGAUCUGGGUCAGAUAAGAAGCGAAGAAAUCGUUUACAGUUGAUUCAUUAAGAUCCCAUUGGGCUAAUUGAUCGUGCUAAGCGACAGGCAUAGACAUUUUUCACACGAAACUCCUCUGGACCCUGUGUCCAUUCGUUUCCUUUGGCUUAAAAUAACGGGCUUUUUCAGGGUUACUUGCUCCUGGCUUUGUAUCGUUUUUAUCUUCGCGCCAUAGUAAAAAAAUGUUGUUGACAGUUUUCGAACACUUAAAACCUUUUUUAAUUAGUAAAACCUUCCAAAACCUUUUAUAAAUUAACGUGUCAAACUUUGAACAGAGAACGUCUUAAGCUUAGCUUUGAAGUGCUUUGCCUAACUUUAGCAAAUUUCUAUGGUUUUGCCGCGGUGAAAGAGAGCUCUUGUUUUUGUAAACCAGGGACAGCGCCUGGAUUACCGCCUGAUUGGUCCGUUUUGACUGAAAGGGUCAACACUCUUAGUAUAAACAGUGACCCUUUAUAAACGUCGUUGAUGAGACGGCUUGCGUGAUAAGCGCGCUUGAUUUGGGAGUCUCAAAUUGCCUGCAGGUGGUAUGCAGUUAGCAUUACAGCUCCAGAAAGCAAUAAGCCUCGAUAGCGAUAAGACGAAAUAGGCAAGUUCAAAGUCGUUUUCGGCAGUCUUCCUUUCAUUCUUUUUCCGCGGUCGCUUUCCUUUCCGCCCAUCCUCACAAGCUGAGACCCUGAAGUAGGAAGUAUUUUACGCCUACAACUUAGACUUAAAUUACGCAGUUGUCUUUUUUUAAUUUAGAUAAGCUGUCAGCUGUUUCCCUUUUUACUCUAAGUUUCAAUUGCAUUGCACUCGUCUUAAAUUUAUUUCUUGUGCGUCUAAGCCACAUUUCUUACAAUUUAAACAGGUGCAACACGUACUCCUAUUGGAGUCAAGGCGACGUGGAUAUGAUGAUAUUUCUUAUCGCAGCAAUUUAAGAAUAAAUUAGAGAAAAAAAACUCAUUCAGUUGACUCUUGUAGGAAAUCUGGUCCUUUGAGUUGAGCUCAUUCACAGACGCAUCGCUAAACAAAACUAACAAAUCUAGGUCUUACAUUCUACUUAAUUAUACACAAGAGAGCUGUAUUAAUUUUUAACGGAGUUCAUGGAGUUUUUACUUAUUAUUUAAGCAAAUGAUGCUAGUUGUCUUACCUUAAGAAACAUUGAAAACGUGGCGCCAGGUUGAUCAAUAAGCUUGGUGUCAUCGUUUAUUGAGAAGAACUCGUGCGUUUGCAGUUCACAAUUGCCUUCAGUACCGCUCUUCCCAAAGGACUCGAUGAAGUUAGUAGAGGUACACCAGGAGUGCCUUAAACAUGAUUGACUGCAUAACAUGAAACUAGUUGAGUCGACUUUCUUGACUGCAUGUCCUUCCAACCGCUUAUUUUCCCUGGUUAUUAAAUAAGAUGAUCGAAAAUUUUCUUCGGCUGCAAAAAUUGUAGCAGCGAUGGACCAGAAAACUAGAAAAUUAAUCAUAUUAUACCGGCCGCAGUUUUAGCUUCUAGCGACCCAACAUGUUUUUCCCUGGGCUUUUACGUGUCUACAAGAAGUUCUCAUUUAAGGUUUCCGCUUUCUUGGGUAGCAUUUAGCAUUAAUUACUAACUUUAUCUUGAUUGGCGUGUGACAACCUCUGUCACAGCUAUCGUGUAAAGACACUUUAAUCAGGGGAACCCAGUGACUAUUUCUGUGAAAUAUCUGUUCGGAGAAGCAAACAUUGCCUAGAAUUAGAACGGCUAAAAAUUACUAGAUGACCGUUCCAUUCAUGUACAGUUAUCGAAGCAUUUGGUAUAAAUUCCCUACGAUUUCUGAAGCUUAAUUUUCACAUUUUACUUCCCAAGUUAGGCUAUUUUUUGUAGAUAAAAAAGGGAACCUAAAAAUUUUCGCAUUCAAAAUUGUGAUGGCGCUAAGAAUCAGAAAAUCUCUCACUUUCGUUAUACGUCAAAUUUGUAUGUGUAAUGAAAUUUGGACAAAACGCAAGUGAAAUUAUUCCCUAAUUUCACGAGUAUACCAUCUGAUUACCUAUUAAUAUCAUGGGUGACGAAUUACGUUAGCAAUCUUGGAUUUUUGACAUGUUUAUCCUAGAUCAUAUCGAUCGAGAACUCCACUCUCUCAAAUGUUUAGACCUUAAAUCUGGCUUAUAAAGUUCAGAAUUUUUCAGACUUUUCGGCAAAACACCUGUUAGAAUCCUUCUUGGUGUUCUGUUGUGUGUUCUAAAGCGUCUUUUUGUACCCUGACAUCUUCAUUCACGGCAUUUUAAAACUUCGUCGCCAUCUUGACACCAAGACGUACAGAAGGGUUGCCAUGGCGAUUUUGUAAUUUCACAUGUGAAAUUACAAAUUAACGCUGAAAUUUCGCGCCAAAAUUAAGGAGUAAUUCGUCACCUAUGAUAUUAUCAGAAAAAUAACUCUCCAGCCGUGGUAAUUUCGAAAAGACUCAAGUUCGCCAAGGAUGACCGAACAGAUACAAUUUUUGUAGCUCCGCUUAGAAUGCAUUUCUAGAUAGCUUAAAAUACUCUGGAUAGCCUUAAAAGUGUUUUCAAUGUAUUUGGGAGGAAACCAUCGUUGGGUGCCCCUGUUAAAUUUAUCGUAAGUUUCUUUGACGGGCGCAAACUCGCCAUCCGCCCUCCUACUGGGGGCUCUUCAAGUCGACGUUUCCAUUUUUAAGAAUGACAGGAUAGGGGAACAAUCUGUUAUAAUGUUUGUUCUCUUUCUGUCAGCCCCCAACCUUUUAUGAUUUGUCAAAGAAACCAGCCGGCCCUGUUGCAACAAAUUUCGGUCGAAUUACCUCUGUUUAUUUAAAGGCAGUGCAACGUUCGGCAUGAUAUUCAGUAUGUCGUCAGAUCUUUAUAACGUUCUGAGUUCUGACCUUACGACGGAAUCCACUAGGGAAUUGAGUAAUUUUAAUUUUCAGUGGACAAAAACCUUGUACCAUGAUUUGUAGUGAUAUCUGGCAUAAAUACCACGAGUGAUAUUUCAAAAUUGUUAUACGUAAUUUCACACGCCGUUGGGCGAGUGAAAUUUGAGACAAUUUUGAAAUAUCACGAGCGUCAAAUUUCCCAAGAAUUGUGAAAACAUAGGUAAAAUCCUGAAAAUUUCAAAUGCAAGCAGUCAUUUUGUUAAGUUUGACAUUAAUUUUCUCAGGCCCCCAUAAGAAAUUUCCUUUGGUGUUAUUACACAUAACUAAUUACAUCUAUAGCCCUUGAAAAAUGUAAAAAAAGAAUGCUAUAUGCUUUAAAUUAUUCUGGCACAAGAUUUUUGUCCUCUGAAAAUUAAAAUCACUCAAUUUCCUGAUGGAUUCGGUCUCAAAAUGUUUGUUGAAGAGAUAACCAAACGGUUUAUAAUAAAAUGGCUUCACUGGAUUAUACAUCGGAUGUCAGCUGGCGUCGUUUUUGCCAUUUCCUAGUAUUGUGGAGUAAUUGCAGGGGCGGCGUCUAUUUGACAGGGGUCGUUUAUUAGAGUGGGGCAUCUAAUAGAAACUUAACAUUGUGGAGAAGGCUUUUAUUAGACAAGUCAAUUAGAUCAUUUACGGCGCCGCACGAGGCCUAGCCUCCCACGCAGGCGUUUUUAGAGGAGCUCGUAUUUCGAGGGAAGAAAAACGAGCUCCCCUAAAAACGCCUGCGUGGGAGGCUACACGAGGCCCAGCAGAGUUAAUCGUAAAGCCAGCAUGUACGUUUAUUUUCCGGUAAACUACUAACUAGAAGUUUUAACCAUUUAAGUAUUCACAUACAUACAUACAUACAUACAUACAUACAUACAUACAUACAUACAUACAUACAUAAACUUUAUUUAUCCUCGGAUUUUAGUGUAGCUUACAUAGCUAGUAUCUCCGAUCCUAACUAAUUUUAAAAGUUACAACAUAUAUAAUAUAAUAUUAAUUAAUGUAGUAUUAACUAAAACUGUGCACUAACAAUUUGCGCUUAAAUUCUCUAUAAUCUACAGUCUUUCUAAAGUGAUUAGGUAGAGAAUUCCAGUACUUAACAGAUGAAUAGCUAAAGGAAUUUAGACCAUAUGUGGUUGUAGACGGCUUAGGAAGUGAUAAAAUAUUAGUACCCCGUAGGGAGUAAGCAGUAGAUCUUAACUUGAUCAGUUGUUUUAAAUAGCACGGAUAUUUACCAAAAUGGAGACAUUUGAAUAUACAAAUCAUCAUAUUUUGUAUCCUCCUGUUGGCUAAACCACACACACCAGCCUUGUCUAGAAGAGCAUCAUAGUUCGAGUCCCAGUCCUUUAAACAAAUCUUAAAAUACGUCUGUUUAAGGUGUCCAGUUUGACAGAAUCUUCUGAAUUACAAAAGUGCCAUAUCAUUGAACAGUAGUGAAAAUGGGGUAAGAUAAACGCUUUAUAAAGGCGAAGCAUAAUUUCGGAUGAGAUAAGUUUGCCAAAUCUUUUGAAGACACUGAACUGAUUAUUUAUUUUUUUGCAUACAGAGGAUAUGUGAUCCUUGAAAUUAAGUUCAUUGUCUAGAGAUAUUCCAAAAAGAUCCAGGCAUCUUGUGGUUAAAAAGGAGAAAGGGUAAUCGGUUUUGCCAAGAACCAUCCCUUGAUGUUUAGCAGGGUUUGCUUUCAUCCCAUUGUCUUCGAACCAUUUAUUUGCUAUUUGUACAUCAUGAUUGAUCCGCCGUUCCAAGGCCACUGGGUCUACAUCAGAUGAGUGCAGUUGGCAGUCAUCGGCAUAAGUGUUUAAUUUUACAGACUUAAUGUGAAAGAUGAGGUCGUUGAGGAACAUGUUGAAAAACAUGGGCCCCAGGACGCUGCCUUGAGGCACGCCCCGCUUCACACUCAUCCAAUCCGAAUAAGUAUCACCAAUUUUCACUCGCUGCCUUCUAUCCGUCAAGUAGUCACCGAUAAGGGCGCAGCUGGAUUCGUGCAAGCCAUACGCUUUCAGUUUUGCUAAUAGCAAAGCAUGAGGUAUGGUGUCGAAAGCCUUUGACAAAUCCAUUGAUAUAACCGCCACGAUCUCUUUAUUGUCUAGACUGCGCCUCCAGUCCUCAGUGAGCCUAAGUAAAGAUGUCUCACAGCUAUGGUGCCUCCUGUAGGCAGAUAUGUAUUCAGACAAUAUGUUCUGGUAAAAGUCGCCCAUUUGAGCUGAAAGUAGCCUCUCAAAAACGUUAUUGAGCGCAGGUAAUACGGUCACUGGUCGAUAAUUGUUUUUGUUUAGUUCAUCGUCCUUUUUAAAUAAAGGAGUAACUUGACCUAAUUUCAA